AUGGUCCUGUCAUUGCUCGUGAGUUUCGGCACCGCCGUCGGCGCUCAUGAGGGCAUCAAGGCCUCCAUGGCCAAGUCCAGAAAGGAGGAGCACCGAAGUCGAAAGAACAAUCUUAUCGUCCAUUGUCCCAAGUCAUCCCAGUAUAGUCCCUACCUUGAAGGACGGCGGGUGGUAUUAUCUGGAGACAGGCUUUUCAUUGACACCGGCACUGUUCACGAUGCCCCCUUCGGACAUCCUUUCGAAGGGUACUAUAUCCCGUAUCCUGACUCACGGUAUGCGGGACUAGUGACCACCAUCACACAUGAAGCACCCAUCAUGAACUGGGUGUUUAUGGAUCCUCUCACAUAUUCCUUUCAGUUCGGUGUACGCGCCGUGGCAGAUGCCAAUCUCACAGGUCCCUGGGACUGCACUCGCCAAGAUCGCCGACUUACCUUCUGUGGAUGGGAAGGCUUCUGCGCAGUCCUCGAGGAUAGUGGCGUAUGGGGCCUCUACUACGACUUUGACGGCGACGGCAUGCGGAAGAAGUUUGGCCAAGAAGGGCGUGUCGUAAUUGAGAUUGAGCUUAUUAGGAGUGAGCUCAGGACACCGAAGCCAGAGCCAGAGCCAGAGCCACAGCCAGAACCGGAGAUCGUGGCAGAGCCACAGAACCAGGAUAAGGCGGCAGAGGCUGGCCUAGAAAAGCAAGUUGAAGCCCAAAAGACUGAUGUGGAUUACGCGGAGACCAAAAGCCUCAACAAGCAAAACGAUGAAUUCAACUGUAUCAUCCGCACUUCUACUUCCUUCACGGCAUAUUGCAACUCCAUCACAUACGUAAUGGCCAGAAACCCUGCCGCCUUCAAGGCCAUGCGAUCUCGUCAAGUUCAGAGAUUCAUUGCUCAGUUGCAGUUGAGCGAUCCCAACGACCAGCUGCUCAAUCUGGUAUCCGAAGAGGACCUGGAUGAAGCAGCGAAAAUGGCCAAACUGUCAAAGGCUGAUGAUGAUGAAGAUUUCUAUCCCGAGAGCUGGGCCAAUAGUCCACAGUCUUUCAAGCUCUUCUUCAAUCGCUACUUCCGCCAGUGGGCCGCUGCUCAGCGUGAUCGAGACGCGUACGAUGGCCCAUCGAAGGGUACACGAUCACAGGCUGCUCAAAGGCUUGCCAAUGCUUGA